AUGGUACUUUUAGCAGGUGUUGCGGCUCUUCUCUUUGCUGCACCGUCAAUUGCAACGGGAGCAGCCAAGAGCCUCUUUGGUGGUGAGAAAGUGGCCUGCUCAAAGUUGAAGGCCAAAUACCCUGAAAGCACCUUUCUACCUGGAACUUCGGGCUACUCCUAUGAGACGCAAGAGCCCUAUUGGUCAGCCACAGUCUACAGCAGUCCUGCGUGCGUCUUCGUUCCUCAAAAUGCACAACAAGUUUCGUACGCGGUCACUACGAUGACACUCACUCUCUCAAAAUUCGCUAUGCGAGGAGGAGGACAUAUGCCAAUACCUGGCUACAACGGAAUCGACAGCUCCGGUGUGUUGCUGUCUUCGUCCAACUUGACGACCUUGUCUCUUUCGACAGACAAGUCAAUCGUCUCCGUUGGUCCCGGGAAUAGGUGGAGGGACGUCUACGCUUAUCUCAAACCGUCCGGACUCGCGGCUGUUGGAGGUCGUGUGGGCCACGUGGGUGUUCCUGGUCUGCUACUCGGCGGGGGAAUUUCGUUUUAUUCUUCGGAGUAUGGAUUUGCUUCGGACAACGUUCAGAAGUACCAAUGCGUGUUGUCCAGCGGACUUAUCGUUGAAGCAACAGCGACGAACAAGUACUCUGAUCUUUUCUGGGCCUUGAGGGGUGGCGGAAACUCCUUCUGCAUCGUUACACGAUUCGACCUACGACCAGUAGAGGGUAGCGAUGUUCACGCUGGCAUCGGACAAUUUGACCAGUCGCAAUCGAAAGGCUACCUGGAUGGUGUUUAUAACUUCGGGAAAUACGGCGGCAUCGAUCCCAAAGCUGCCAUUAUUCCUACGAUCCUUACCUUCCCUGCGGCAAACAUGACGGUUUAUGCGGCUGCUAAGUUCUACCACUCCACUACUGACAACCCAGAAGUGUUUGAGAACUUCACUGCGCCGAAGCUCACCCCUGUCGCCGAUUCGUACGCACUGCAACCACUUUCGGACUACAUCUCAGCUACAGACGCUCUUCAACCAUUAGGGCUACGCCAGGAGUUCCGCACUCUUUCGUCUGUCGUCGAUCGAGACGCUGUUCAGCUCAUUCACGACACCUUCAUCUCGGGCGUCAAUGCCAAGCUGCCCAGUGUUGCCAACCUACAGGCUUCAAUAACCUUCCAGCCUGUUACCAAGGCAUUUCUGUCGCACAGUGCUAAGACUGGUGGUAACCCUCAGGGUGUGGAUGUCUCCAAGGCACCUUUCUUCUGGAUGGUGGAGAACUUCACUUGGACGUCAGCAAGCGAUGAUGUCAAGGUACGCGCUGCUGCUGAUGAGAUCACAGCAAGCAUUAACGGCUUGCUCAAGGCAAAAUCAUGGAGCGCUGAUUACCUGUACAUGAAUGAUGCUGGAAAAGGGCAGCCCAUUUUCCAAAGCUAUCCGGCUGCCAACUUGAGAAGGCUAAAGACUAUUCGUACAAAGUACGAUCCUCUUCGGGUAUAUACCAACCUGAUGCCUGGUGGCUGGAAAGUCGCCGAUGCAUGA